CAUUGUCUAUGGAUGGGCGACCGAUACCGACAUGGGCGGGCGUCCAUCUUGAAUUUUACUGAAUUUGAGCCGGAUAUAUUUGUGAUAAAAAAGUGUUUUUUGUAGCUUGGGCUUCAUCGAAAUUGUAAAUUUUUAGGAAGUUCUAUGUCUGCUGAAAUGAAAUAACAUUAAAAUUACGCUAAACCUCAGUAAUGUGUUAGCAUCGUUAAUCAAGAAGACUUACGCGAUAUCCGGAGAGAGCUUGUUCAAUAAAACUCUAGGUGGGCCGAGGUUUAGUACAAUGGCAGUACCUAGUAGAGCUCGGGUAUAUGCCGAUGUGAAUUCACAGAAAACGAGAGAAUAUUGGGACUAUGAAAGCUAUGUUGUUGAUUGGGGCAAUCAAGAUGAUUACCAGUUGGUCCGCAAGCUAGGUCGAGGAAAAUACAGUGAAGUAUUCGAAGCAAUAAAUAUCACAAAUAAUGAGAAAUGUGUAGUGAAAAUACUGAAGCCUGUCAAGAAGAAGAAGAUUAAAAGAGAAAUAAAAAUAUUAGAAAACUUAAGAGGAGGCACAAAUAUAAUAACAUUACAAGCUGUUGUUAAAGAUCCUGUUUCUCGUACUCCUGCAUUAAUUUUUGAACAUGUCAACAACACUGACUUCAAGCAACUGUAUCAAACUCUAUCGGAUUAUGACAUAAGGUAUUAUUUGUAUGAGCUGUUGAAAGCUCUAGACUACUGUCACAGUAUGGGCAUCAUGCAUAGAGAUGUCAAGCCUCACAAUGUCAUGAUUGAUCAUGACAACAGGAAGCUGCGUCUUAUUGACUGGGGCUUAGCUGAAUUUUAUCACCCAGGUCAAGAGUACAAUGUCCGAGUGGCUUCAAGAUAUUUCAAGGGUCCGGAGCUCCUUGUAGAUUAUCAAAUGUAUGACUACUCACUGGACAUGUGGUCUCUGGGCUGCAUGCUGGCGUCCAUGAUCUUCCGCAAGGAACCAUUCUUCCAUGGUCAUGAUAACUAUGACCAGCUCGUGCGUAUUGCGAAAGUUCUUGGCACUGAAGAGCUUCUUGAAUAUUUGGACAAAUAUCAUAUAGACCUUGAUCCACGGUUUAAUGAUAUUCUUGGGAGGCAUUCUCGCAAGCGAUGGGAAAGGUUUGUGCACUCUGAAAAUCAACACCUGGUGUCUCCAGAAGCUUUAGACUUCCUUGAUCGUCUUCUUCGUUAUGACCACUACGAACGCUACACAGCGCGUGAAGCUAUGGAUCAUCCAUACUUUUAUCCUAUUGUGAAGGAACAAGGCAGAAUGGUGUCCUCUAACUCUCCAACCCCUAAUUCAUUGCAAGGACCAAUAAACUCAGCAGAAUAAUAGUUGUUAUAAAGACUAAUUCAUUCUUUAUAUCCUAUGUAUUAAAUAUUUACUUAUACAACAAGAUUCCAGAAGAUACAUGGCAUGACAUGAAGACUGCCAGUGUAACACACUCAGUGAUGUCACCCUUGGUCAACUCCGCUAAACUAUUGCCAAUGUUUGAAAAUGCUUGUGACAUGAAAAUACACUUUUGGAGAGACAAUAUAAUUUAGUGUUUAAAAAUAGUAAAUCUGGUUUAAAAUUAUUUUAAAAGUGUUAAAACCUGUGGUAUACAGUUCAUGCAGAAUGGAUUUACUACGUCUUAAGUGAAAUGAAAUAGGCUUAACAUUCUUUGUUACAACAUACCAUUUGUGAAUUUCAAAUUUAACAAACAGAAUGAUGAUGUAAAAUAUUUAUUUUUUACAUGAAGUAAAAAGAAGGAACUUACUGUGGUUCAUUACUCUGUUCGUUGCACUUGAUCUUUUGCAUUUAACUAUGGUAUUGAUGAUAUUGUAAUUAUUUGUAUAAAUAACACUUGCAUACCAUUUGCGAAUAUUUGGUUAAAAGCUUAUUGGUUGGUAUAUUAUUAUUUAAAAUUUUGUAUUUAUGUAAUAGAAAUAAUAUGUAGAUAUGUGUGAUAUAAAUACAAAAUUUUAAUAUGAUUAAAUUAAUCGUUUUCUUUUAAUUACUUAGUUGUUUUUUUAUGAGGGAGACCAGUAACACUGUUUUAGUAAGACGUCGAAUUAAUAAAUUAAUCUUGUUUCUAUAUUGCUAUGUUCUUAGUAAGUUACGUUAGCCGUCUUUAUACAUAUAGAAUAAAGAAACAAUUCAGCUAAAAAGUCUCUUCAAUUUUAUGUGAGCCUUGUUGAUCAUACCUAUAUGAUAUGUGAUGAUACCUAAUUUCUAUUAGUUUCAAUAAACUGUUUCUGAAUUUAAAA